AUGGCCGAGGCAAAACCAUUCAAAGUGUCCAUCGACGAGGCCAUCCUUCAAUCAACCAAGCAAAAGCUCGAAAGUGCUCGUUAUCCCGAAGAAGUUGAGCUACCAGAUGACGAACGUUACAGCUACGGCACACCCGGUUCGGAAGUGAAGCGGUUGGUGGAGUACUGGAAGACAUCGUUCAACUGGCGUUCAGUGGAGUCUCGUAUCAAUGAGCUGCCUCAAUUUACUGCUGAUGUGCAUGUUGCGGGACAAGAAAGUAUCAAUGUUCAUUUCGUGCACAAGCGCUCGACGAGGCCCGACGCGGUGCCGUUUCUCUUCAUUCACGGAUGGCCUGGCAACUUUCUCGAGGUUGAAAAGAUUCUGCCGCUCUUGACGGAGCCAAAAGAUCCUUCUCAGCAGGCAUUCCACGUUAUUGCACCCUCGCUACCUGGUUUUGUCUUUUCAUCUGCGCCAAAGCAACCAGGAUUCGAUCUCUACAAGAUUGGUGCGACGCUCAACCAGCUCAUGGUCGAUUUAGGCUACAAAAGCUACGUUGCUCAGGGUGGCGAUUGGGGAUCCAUGAUUUGUCGCGUUCUUGCCCUCGAGCACACGAGCAAUUGUCGAGCCAUACACGUCAACAUGUUCCCGACACCGCCUUCAUCGCUCUUGAACCCGAUUGAAGCUGCGAGAUUCGUUCUUGGUGGCUACAAUAAACGUGAGAUUGCUGAUUUGCAAGACACACUGCAAUUUGUGGCAACAGGGACAGGCUAUUCAGCCAUUCACGACACGAAACCACACACCCUGAACUUUGGACUUGUUGAUUCACCUGUUGGCAUGCUUGCUUGGAUCCGGGAAAAGCUCGAAGCAUGGACAGACAACUAUGCUUGGGAAGACGAAGAAAUCAUCACUUGGGUCUUCCUUUACUAUGCAACAGGCAAAGCAGCGACGCAUAUCUACAAGGAAAGUAAAGAGACCAACAAGCGGAUCCUUGAAUCUUACAUUUCACUGCCGGUUGGUAUUUCUCUCUUUCCAAAGGAAAUCUACAAGAUGCCUCGCGCAUGGGCUAGGCGAUGGGCGCAUGUGGUAACAUUCGACACUCAUGAUAAAGGAGGCCAUUUUGCUGCGACAGAGACACCAGAGGUGCUCGUGGAUGACUUCAGGCGGUUUUAUGCAAAAUUACAGACGAGUGCAGCGUUCAGAGAUGUCUUCAAGUCUGGUUGA